AUGGGCGAUGCUGCCGACCACCCACUUCGACAGCAGCCAGGUGCCAGGACUGGGGGGACGAAUACUUUCCCGAAAACCGUAGCCAUCAUCGGCGCCUCCAUCUCAGGCCUCUCACUCGCCCUCGCCCUCUUGCACGCCAACCUCUUCCGCCCAGAAGAUAUCACUAUCUAUGACCUCCGCCCGAACCCAUCCUCGUCCUUAACUACACCUCCGCCCUCCACGGAAUCUGGCUUCGACCCCAGCACCACCGCAUCCGGCGUAAUCCUGACGCCCAACGGCCUUGCAGUCCUUUCCAACCUCGGCGUCCUCCCACGGAUAAAAUCCCGCUGCUGGACGGCAACGCACCGCACUUUCCGUUCCGACCCAGGCGACGCCCUGGUGAAGAAGGUGCGUAUCAGUGGAGAGGAAGCUGGGUAUGGAUUCGAGAACCAUCGUGUAUGGAGAAGUGUGCUUGUUGAGGAGUUGUUGCGGAUGGUUGAGGAGGCUGCGAUUCGGGUAAGAUGGGGUCGAAAGUUUGAGGGAGUUGUCCCGGAAAGCGAACGAGUCGACGGUGGGAGUAAAGCUGGCGUGUCGGGCGCUGUGCGUUUCCGCGUCACUCAUAGAAAUCCCACAUCUCCCGAGAGGUCUCACUCACGCAUUAUCAGCGCAGACCUCCUCGUCGGCGCAGACGGGAUCUACAGCGUCGUCCGCAAGCACCUCGACCCAACUGCCCAGCCUGUAUACACCGGCACGACUGGCGUUCUUGCACAUAUUCGCUGGGACGACGUCGACUGGCCAAUGGUCACCUCUCCGAACAGCCCAGAUCCACACCCCUAUGAGCGGCAAUGCACCCUCCAGGGCACGUCAGGCGCGCUUUUCUGGCUGCCAGAGGAUGCUGCGGGAAGUGUUGUCAUGACUGGGAAGCAGACGCGCAUGACUGAGCCCAAGCCUGCUGAUCUGGGUAGUGUGACCAGUCAGCGCGAGGCGUGGGAGCGCCUCUCCCAGGAUAAGCACUUUCUCUGUGAGUUCUAUCGCGAAGGUUAUGAGCAGUGGGGCGCGACUGGCAGGAAGAUUAUCGAUGCGGUUUGCGAUGAAGAGAAGGGCAGGGGAACGCUGUACUUGUGGCCGUUCAUGCGGAUGGAGAGGUUGCAGCGGUGGUGGGUUAGUACUCCCGCGGCAGACUUGCGCGAUGGCAAUCGCGAUAAUGCCGCAGAGCCAGCUACACCAGCGCCAGCAGGCACCAUUCUAACAUUGGGUGACGCCGCACACGCCCUCCCACCAUCAUCGGGACAAGGUGUCAACCAAACUCUCGAAGACGUUUGGGUACUCACCCGCCUCCUAGCACUGGUCAAGCAAGAUCAGGCAUCGGGAAAGACGAUGCAGCAAGCCCUUACCUUCUGGCAGGAAGUCAGACAGGAGCGGAUCGAUGAAGUGUACGACUGGGCGACGAACGCGACGAAUGUGAGUCGGCUGCCAAAGGAUGAGCGGGAGAAGACGCUAAUCGACGACGCGGUCAAGCAGCGAGAGAAAGGUGAGGGACAGAGCAAGAAGGUCGGAUUGGGUGUUGACGAUAUGAGGUGGUUGUAUGUGCCGGGUUGGGAUGAGGUUAUUGAGCGUUGGGCCAAGUAG